CAGAGACAAGGGACCACUGUCUCAAACACUCUCACAACACUAGCUGAUUAGCCUAGAUAAAUCUAAGCUUUUUUGCAUAGCAAGCUCUAAAAUGGCAUACUCCAAAACCCUACUUGUUUUGUUCACUAUGUUGUUCCUAGCUCCAUCCAUCCUAGCCACCGACCCUGACCCUCUUCAGGACUUUUGUGUUGCUGACCUCGACGGCAAAGCGAUCUCGGUGAACGGGCACCCAUGCAAGCCCAUGUCCAAGGCCGGCGACGACUUCCUCUUCUCCUCCAAGCUAGCAAUGGCUGGCAACACGUCCACCCCGAACGGCUCGGCUGUGACAGAGCUGGACGUGGCAGAGUGGCCUGGUACCAACACGCUGGGUGUGUCCAUGAACCGUGUCGACUUUGCUCCAGGAGGCACCAACCCACCACACAUCCACCCGCGUGCCACCGAGAUCGGAAUUGUCAUGAAAGGUGAGCUCCUCGUUGGCAUCAUCGGUAGCCUCGACUCUGGAAACAAGCUCUAUUCCAAGGUGCUGCGUGCUGGAGAGACGUUCCUCAUCCCGCGUGGGCUCAUGCACUUCCAAUUCAACGUUGGCAAGACAGAAGCAUCCAUGGUCGUGUCUUUCAACAGCCAGAACCCCGGCAUCGUUUUCGUGCCGCUCACAGUGUUCGGUUCAAACCCACCAAUCCCGACAGCCGUUCUCACAAAGGCGCUCCGUGUGGAUGCCGGGGUCGUGGAACUUCUCAAGUCCAAGUUCACCGGUGGGUUUUAACAUCUAUUAUAAGACCUUGAAGAUCAAUAUAUAAUUAUUAUAUAUUGGAAGUUGUAUGGAAGUUUAAUAAUUUAUUUUCAACAGAAGUCGUACAUUAUGUUUCUGGCCGAGGUAGUAUGUAACUGUAAGAUGUAAUACCAUUGCGGUUCAGACCUCAGGAGUCGGGACCAAUGCGAUGAGUGUACUCGUGUUGUAAUAAAUGUAAUUUUCAUAUUUAGUUAUCAUUUUACCCUUCUGCUUGCUUGGGCAUAGUCUUC